AAGAAAUAUUUCAUAGUAAAGUAGCACUUGAUCAACUAUGACUACCAAAGUAGAUGAGGAGAAGAUAGAGGAGUUAGCAGAGAAGGUGGAAGAAGUUGCAAAAGAUGUGGCAGAAGAGAUAGAAGGCGCGUACAGCAGCUUUAUCGUAGACUACAUUAAACUGUUCAGCAAACGCUUCUUUGAGUGGGUGACCGUAUAUGCUGUAGGGCUUCUCAACAUCAGCUUUGGCUGGCUCAUGGCACCACUCUUCUUCAUGGUGCUUAGAGAGAAGCGGUCUCGUGCUAAGCAGUUCAAUAUCAACGUGGUGAGAUCCAUCGUCAACACUGAUGAGAAGGAGUUCAUCCAGGCUAUCCAAAAGUACACAACUUUACCAUCAUGGGUGACCUUCCCAGACAUGGAGAGAGUCGAGUGGGUGAACAAGAUCGUGUACAAGCUGUGGCCGUACGCCGGCCAGUACGUCAAGGAUCUCUGCAAAGACACGAUCGAGCCCAGCAUCGCUGAGGCCCUCAAGGCUUAUAAAGUUAACACCUUCCGCUUCGAUAAGAUUAUCCUGGGCGACACACCGCCUCGCUUCGGUGGCAUUAAGGUCUAUGAUGAUACAUCCAGACACGAGAUCAUCAUAGACGCCGACAUGAUCUCAGGACGGCUGCGUAUCGUGAUGAAGCCUCUGGUGCGCCAGAUCCCGCUGGUGGGCGGCCUACAGGUCUUCUUCCUUAACAACCCUGACGUCGACUUCAACCUUAUCGGCAUAGCUGAUGUGUUCGACAUGCCUGGCAUCAGUGACAUCCUGCGCAGCAUCGUCGUGGAGCAGAUCGCUGCUCUCAUGGUCCUGCCAAACCGCUACCCCAUCCAGCUCGUCCAGAACAUCAACAUGGUCGAGCUUAAGAGUCCUGCUCCUGCUGGAGUGUUGCGUGUUCACGUAAUCGAGGCCCAGAACCUGAUGAAGAAAGACAUCGGCGUGUUGGGCACCGGCAAGAGCGACCCGUACUGUGUGCUGCGUCUGGGCGCACAAAAGUUCCAGACCAAGACUAUCAACAACACCAUCAACCCUAAGUGGAACUACUGCUGCGAGUAUCUUAUUGAGGUGCUGCAUCGUCAGGAGCUCGAAUGCGAGCUCUUUGAUUUGGAUGACGGCAUGAAGAAGGAUGAACAUCUGGGCAGAGCUAACCUGGACGUACAGUCGAUCUGGAAGGCGGGAGAAAUUGAUAUGUACCUCGACCUCGACGACCAACUUGCAGAGAUCAGGCAGCUGCAGACGACAACGAAGAACCCGCUGCACAGCGCCGUACUUAUGGUCUGGGUUGACUCUGCUAAGAGACUUAAUCCCUCGCACAAGCAAUCCCCUGUGCGGCAGCGCACCAACGACCCUGUCUUUGAGGAGGGCUUCACCUUCCUUGUGCGCAGCCCUCUUACGCAGGAGCUUCUCGUCGAGGUUGUAGAUCACAGGAACGGUAGCCUGCAAGGCAAGCUCGAGGUAGACAUGAACAGCCUCCUACAGAAGGAUAAGAUGGAAGUCCAGGGAGGUUCCUACAGUGAUGUGCUGACUAAGGGCAAGCCUCGAACAGACUCGUCUCACUCGACGCCGACACGCACGGCGAGCGUGAAGCAGAAGCAGCCUGUCGCUGACAUAGCUGACGGCUCGUCAGGAGCUUCAAUUGGUGAGGCUGACACCGUCUUUGUGAAGCCUGGUGUUCCUCGUCAGCCCUCAACUGCCAGCACUGGCAGUGUAACUGCUGCUGGCAACGCUGACAACUUGUCAGCUGCUGGCAACGUGUCAGCUGCUGGCAACGUGUCAGCUGCUGGCAACGCUGGCAGUGCUGCCGGAGCAGCGGAAAGCGUCCAGCCUGACCAGGGUGUCACAACUGACGUUGUGGAGCCGAUAGUGGAGAAGAGCAGCACUGAAGGCCUGGCGUCUGCAGCGCGUAUUCUCACGCCCCUUGUGUCUACCGAGGCGCCCGAGACGGUCGUCAGACAUCGAGGAACCAUAGACAGCCGAGGUGAGGCAGGGCUCGGCCGUAUCCAGCUCACCAUUAAGUACGGCCCCCGCAACAACCUGGUCAUCGUCGUCCACAAAGUCGAAGGCCUAGAAAAAGAAGACGAUGGCGAGCUGCCAGAUCCGUACGUGAAGAUUUACCUGCUGCCGGACCGGUCCCGGGACAGCAAGCGCAAGACGGACGUCAUCAAAGACUCGUGCAGCCCCGUGUACGAUGAGAGGAUCGAGUACGCAAUCUCGCCUAAUGAACUAACGCAGCGAACACUCGAGGUCUCCGUCGUCAACAAGAAGGGCUUCUUCCACCUUCAGAAGUCCAGUGUCAUGGGACAAGUGAAGAUCGACUGCGGGCUGUUGAACCCUCAGGACAUCACGAACUGGUACGACCUGCAGCCCGCCAUGGACGAGGGAGACGACUGAAAACGACCACCCCACAACUCGGCCUCCGGCAGGUGCAAGAAUUUCUUCAAUAAAUCAAAGCCUGGAAACGAACUUCAUGAACGGAAGGGCUCUAGAAAGCCAGGAGCCUUGAAUAAUGCCUUAGCGCGCACUGGUAAUGCUUACCGGAGAUUUUUCGAUCUUCUGAACAAAAAUGAUAUGAAACGAGACCUUCCAAUUAUCAAUUUUACUUAAUUGCCUUGAGCAAAAUGCUUAAAAUGUUAGCUCAGGAACAGCUUUUGCUAUAAUAAGCGCGCUUUGCCAACUUCCGCCUUUGAGCGCCUCUUAAUGCCAGCUCAAACUCAUGAAAUUCAGACUUUGACACUCAUGCUAAACUAAUGAUAUUGACUAUGAGUGAACAAAUAUUGACCUGAAUUUGUGACAUAAAUAGUUUUAGACUCAGCCAUAAUUUCUCCAUCUCUUCAGAAAAAACAAUUUUGCAUGAGGUAAAUGAAACGCCCUCGUCUUAAGAGGCUGGGUUGUGGUCCGCACGUUAUUCGUCUCACUGAGAGACCUCUGAGUUCAACGAUCAAAACUUGGCGGUUAUACCGCUGUCUCCGACUGUGCUUUCUAAUAUUAUUUAGGGCUGCUAGCGCUUGUAAGUAGUCGAUUGAUCAUUUCAUUGUAUGCUAUCUCUAAAAUUGUAUUUCAAAGGUGCAAUAUUCUUUACUUAACAAGUGCCUCGGUUUAAGAUAGGUUUGGUGUUAAACAUGUGUGCGCACAUAUGAUGCUGCUCAUUUAACAGCUGUUGAGAUUAUUUUAUUAAGGUUAUUCUUAUAACGAGCUUGUUAUUAUCACUGGAAUAGUAUAGUUAGAAGUUUAUCUUUAUUGUUCUAUGUGUCACCUUGAAUAAAUUGGAGGGUAUAUUGGUAUUGGAAUCUUUACGAAAGUCAGUAUGAGCUUCUAGAAAUUGCACUCAGCCACUGAUUUUGCAAUACAUUUUAUUAUCUAUGUUUACAUGUUGGCCAUAUAGUGCGUAUUGGUAAUUCUUCAUCCGAAUGCCGUACUAUUCAUUUUCUCAUGAGAUAACUCAGCUCAGCAUGAGUUUGACAUUACCUGCCUGUGUGGUCAAAUCCUGUAAGUUUUAUCUAAAUUUCAUAUGAUAAAACAUAUUACGUAAUUGUUUAGCUAUUUCUGGUGAUAUUCUCAUGUAUUUUCAGCGCCAAGGUCUCUACUGUAGCUGCUCUAAACUCUUGUAUUCUUGAUACACACAUUUGCUUUAUACUAAUCUAACUUCCGGUGUAACAUCCGUUCGUUAAGCAGGCGGCGGUAUUGCAGCUCUCGUCACGGGCUGAGAUGUUGAUUCCUGACAACAAUUAUUCCUAUUCAUUUGCGCAAAUUUGUUGCAUUCAUUAGUGAAAGAAAUUCAACCUUGAAACGUUCGUAGAAUCAAUUAGGCAUCUAUUUUUGUUAAAUUUGCUAUCUAUUGUUUGUUAUUUGUUGAUGCAUUUGAUGCUUAUUUCUUCCUGUUUUGCGAUUUUGUUUAUGUCGAGAGGUUUGUCAUCGUCAAGAAGUAAUCUAAGAAUGGCUGUGUUACUCAUCAAAUGAGACCGAACAACGAGUUAUGAAUCUCAACCUAUGAAUAUAUCAUGGAAUUUAUUAGUGUAGAUUUGCUUAUUAUUCUUUUAUGUUAGAUUUUGCGCUCUAUUACUUAUUUGUUGUGUAUUUUUCCAUGGAUUGUAUACAGUUCUUUCGUAUUGCAGGCCAUUUUGCUAAAGAAAAGUGCCAUUUUCCAAGCGCACCACUUUCUUACGAAAUAAACCAUAUUGGAAAAAAUAAUUUAAUUGUAAUAACUAAACAACUGUAAGCUGAACAACUUUCAGCUUAUACUUACUCGAGUAACGCCAUUUUUUAAGUUUCGUAAACUUUAAUGAUAAAAUUGAUAUUUUAGAAUGGAGCACCAUCCAUUAAGUUUAUACACCUUAACACAAUACCAUACGAUACCCUCUGUCUUAACAGACACCUGCUUGGUCAACGCGAUCAAUGCCAUCAACUUGCAUUUGCUACUUGACUGCGCCACAACAUAAUAUAGUACCGCUUAUAACUGUGCCGUAAGUCUUUUCGCGUAGUUAUUUUCAUGCAAUGGUCGGGUUGUAACAAGCAUGUGAGACCCCGAAUAAUAAAUUACACUAGCUGACGUUACUGAAGAUCUUCGUCAUUACUCGCACGUUGCUUGCACAUUACGCUCUGCAUCAACGAUUCUCGUUGGCUGAUUCUUCUGCAUCUAAAAUGUCUUGAGUUGACGCAUAACCAUUAUUAUAUUAAGCAUUGUUUUUGCUGCUAUUAGAGUGUAAGAUAUACUUUCAUCCUGAAGCCGAAACCUUAGCUAUUGAGAAUAUUGCCAAUUCGACGUCAGCCGUAUGAAAUGCAUGUGAGUAAUUUUUUUUCAAAUUUACGCAGAAACUUUAAAUUUCCAACGACAAAUUAUGGUUUUCUCAGUUUAUGUACAAGAAUAUGUCCACAAUGCCGCUUACAUUUUGCUUGCUUCAUUUUAUAGAUUUAAGCAAGAGUUCAUACUUACUGACACGCUCUUACAAUACGGCGUAACUACAGUCGAGCUUACAGCUUCCUUACAAUGAGGCGUAACUGUAGCGGAGAGCUGACGAUCGAAUUGUUUUUUUUUUCAACCACUUGAAGCUCUUUUCUUUCGAAAGCACCGUAUUUGGCUGUGUUGCACGAUUGCUAUACGUAUCUUCUGAACGUUAAUAUUUGGAUAGGAUCGCUUGAUCAUCAUAAUCCUAGUGUACAAUAUAUGGUCUCUGAAAUCUGGGAAAGUCUAUUAAAUGGAAGAUUCUGCGCAGUCUAUUCGCUAUAAUAUGUAUGUUACGUUGUUAUAAAGAAAGCUUACUUGAGUUGCCAAUACAUUUUUAAAUAUCGA